UCGUAUGUAUGUAUGUAUGAAUGUGUACCUUUUACUACUCCUCUCGUCCUCCGUCUCGCUAUUUCUCGCUCCCAUCUCUCUGUUUGUUUUUAUACUUCGUUAUUAUUCUUUCCUUUUUCUAUCCUUCUUACUUUCCCCGAUACUUUCCUUUCCAUUCUAUCUAUCUAUCUAUCUAUCUAUCUAUCUCUUCCUUUAUCUACUUCCCUGUCACUGACAGUUGUUUAAGAUUCACGCAGAGGAAUCCCAUCGGCCGUUCAGUUUACACGGAUUAAUCCCAUCUUAACCCCUUCCUCUUAUAUUACUCUAACCUGCUCGUGUAAGCCGGCUCAACUGCCUCUAUCUGUUGCUACCAAUUUUACAAACAGCGCUACUGGACGGACUACUGACACUCUUCUGCCUGUCUUUUCCUCUCUCUCCCCCUCUUUCUCUUUAACACACACACACACAUUACAUAUAUAUAUAUAUAUAUAUAUAUAUAUAAUUACACACACGCACUUGUAAGUACGUAUGUAUUUAUAAUUGGAGUUGUGUAUUCCAAACUUUUUCUUUACGGAGAAAAAGAAAAAACAAAUCACCCGGAAUAUGUGAUUUAGUAAUUGUGUUUAUACACAUAGCAUAUACACACAAUCACACAAAUUGUGUGUGUGUAUAUAUAUAUAUAUAUAUGUGUGUAUGUAAGCCCCUAAUGUUCUUCAACGAAUAUUAUUUGGUCUUCACACAAUUCCAACCGUAUUUGUGGGUUUGUGGUUGAGCGGAAGUAUAUAAAUUUAAGGGCACGAAGUUACACACACACACAUACAUAUAUAUAUAUUAUAUAUAUGAAAGAAAGAGGAGCGGAAAGUGAAUAGAAAAAAGAAACUCGCACACAUGCACUAUACACUCAGUAAAAAAAACAUUAAACAUUAACAUGUAUACUGUAUAUGUUUUGUAAAUAUCGAUAUGCGGGUGAAGUAUACUUUAGUUGAUUUAUAACAAAGACUUCUAGGAGAAGGAAGAGGGAGAAAUAAUAAGAAAGAAAGAGAGAGUGAGAGAGAGAGUGAGAACUGCAAAAAGACAGCGUGGGCGACCGACCAUGCACUUUGACAAUGCUUUGGGUAAAAUGAUGGAAUUUCACAAACGUCUACGACCAAAACGGGAUUCGAAGGUGAAGUUUUACCAGGUGAUACCAAAAGUGUCAUCUGUAGGGGAAGAUCUCACCUAUUUGGAGAGAGAUCGCUCAAUCACCACAGACCCAACGGAGAGCAAGAAGAGAAGGACAAUAAAGUUAAUACGAACAAAUUCAUCAUGGGGCUUCACCUUACAGACAUAUGGUAUACGACAUAAGAAAAAUAAUGAAAUUGAAAUCACAACUUAUGUAGACUAUGUGGAAAUCGACAAGCCAGCCUGGAUUGCAGGGAUGCGACAAGGUGAUGUUAUCUUAUCUGUGAACGGUGAUAGUGUUGAGCAAGCAACACAUCAACAACUGGUAGAGAAGAUCAAAUCUUGCGCUCGCUACAUGAGGUUGGUUGUCCUUUUUGAAGAUUGUUGCAGGAAAGUAGAAUUACAUGACCGCUAUAUCAAACUAAAGAAUAUUCUCAGAGAGAAAAAACGGGAACUGAAAUUACUAAAUGAACAAGAACAAAAUAUUCUUCAAGGUUUGUCAAGAACAGAUGGAGCUCGCUUAAGUUGUCGCAGUUCAGCCAGUUCUUUGGACAGUGCUUUUGACCAGUACAGUUUAAUUCGACCAUGUUCUAUGAACAAUCUUCCAAACAUCUGCCAUUUUUCUUAUACCCCUAUUUCAUGCGAUACCGAUGCCAACAACAGCCAUGGUAGUGAUACCUCAGAGCUUGCAAGCAUUUUGGAAAGAGCUGGUGUCGAUUCAGAUUCUGACACCUGCAGUAAUUUUUCAGUGGCAGCAAGCACAGAUACUCAAGAAUGUCUUUCAGUGGUUCUUUCAACUGAAGAAUCAGCAUGUUGUAAACCAAAAACUGUUGCUGACAAUGAACAAUUUUCUACUGCUGAGGAGGACAGUGAGUUAGAACUCAAGAACUGCAGUACCAACUGUUUAAAUAAAAGCCUUUUCCCCCAGUCAGACAGUGAUCCUCCUAAUGAACACAUCAACCAGAAAGAUGAAGUUACUCGAUUAUGAAAUGACACAAAAAUCUGAAAAUAAUCAAAAGCUUUGAAUUUUUGUGUUAUUAUUAUUAUUAUUACUAUUAUUAUUAUUAUUAUUAUUAUUAUUAUUAUCAUUAUCAUUAUUAUUAUUAUUAUUUUUCACAUCUGUUCUUUCGUUUAAAAUGUGCUUCAAUACAUUUGGAUUAGCAGAAUUGUUUGAGCAGUGAACAAAUGCCAUGUGGCAUUUGUUCCAGCUCUUUACAUUCUGAGUUCAUCCUUUCGGGGGUUGAUGAAUUAUGAAGAACCAGUCAAGUACUGGGGUUGAUAUAAGAGACUAACCCAUACCUUAAAAUUUCUGGCCUUGUGCCUACCAUGCACACAAACAAACACAAACACACACUUCACAUAAAUUCAUAAACGAUACACAGAAGGAAUACAUAUGCUGAUCCAACAUAUCUCUGAAGAUUUCGCUUACACGGCAAUACAAGGGCAAGAGAAUGGCAGAAUUGUUAGAGUGACAGACAGCAAAAAGCCUUGUGGUAUUUAGUUGCAAACCUUUAUGUUCUGAGUUCAAAUCCUGCUGAGGUCAGCUUUGCCUUUUAUCUUUCUGAGGUUGAUAAUAAAAUAAGUAUUGGUUGAAGAGUACUGGGGGUGAGCUAAUCAACUGUAGCCAGCUCCUAAAUGUUGAGGCCUUCAGUAAACAUGAUCAUAGCUUUUCAUUAUAAAUGAAAGACUAUAACAAUGGAAAGAAAUGUAUCAGUGAUAUUUCAUAUACCAUACAUACAUACACACACACAUACACAUAUAUAUUCGUGUAUGUAUGUGCGUGUGUUUACAUCAUCAUUAUUUAACGUCCACUUUUUCAUGAUCACAUAGGUCAAACGGAAUUUCUCGAGGUAGAUUUUUCUAUGACCAGAUGUCCUUCCUGUCACAAACUUUCACCUGCUUCCAAGCAAGGUAAUAUCUCCCUAAUGGCCAGACAUGUUUCUCAUGGAAGACAGGAAAUGAACAAUACUGUUCGUAUGACAGUGAUGUGCACUUACAACCAUGAUGCCAUAACAUGGAUGCACACACAUAUAUACACACACACAUAUUUAUGACAGGCUUUUUUCAGUUUCUGUCUGCCAAAUGCACUCACAAGGCUUCGGUUAGCCUGGGCUUACUAGAAGAUGCUUACCCAAGGUAUCACAUAGUUGGACUUGAUCUAUGACUCACAGUUGGGAAGCAAGCUUCUUAAUCACAAGGCCGCAUGUGCGCAUGUAUGUUUGCGUGAAAAUUAAGGAAAACCUUAUCAUUUUGUAAUUUGUUCUUAUGUCCUCAACCCAUCACCUUUAUAGCAGCAAAAGAAACCAUGGUCACCGUCAUCAUUAUUAUUUUUAUUAUGAUAAUUAUAUAUUAUUAUUAUUGACUUGACAGAACUGUUAGGGCAUUUGUUCAUACUCUUUAUGUUUUGAGUUCAAAUCCUCCUGGGUCCACUUUGCCUUUCACUUUUUCAGGGUCGAUAAAAUAAGGUACCAGUUAAGCACUAGGGCUGAUUUAAUUGACUUAACCCUUCAAAAUAUUAGGCCUUAUAUUUAGAUUACAAACAUUAUUAUUAUUAUUAUUAUUAUUAUUAUUAUUGAUGGAUUAGCAAAAUCGUUUGUGUCAGACAAAAUUCUUGCAGCAUUUCUUCUGGCGCUUUACGUUCUGAGUUCAGGUCCUACCUAGGUCAACUUUUCCUUUCAUCCCUUCCGGCUUGAUAAAAUAAAAUACCAGUCAAGUACCGGAGGGGUGGGUGUGUCAUAGAAGUUGACUCACCCCCUCCUGCAAAAACUGCUGGCUUUUUGCCAUAAUUUGAAACAAUUACUAUUAUUAUUAUUAUUAUUAUUAUUACCUUGUGGUGAAUUGGUACAGUGUUGCACAAAAUGCCUCAAGGUAUUUAGGUGUAUUCCUUUUAGUUCUGAGUUCAAAUCCUGCCAUAGUCAAUAUGUCCUGCCAUGCUUCCAGAGUCGAUGAAGAUGUACUAGUCAAGUACUGAAGCUGAUAAUCGACUAUCUCCUUCCCACUACACACACACCUAAAUAUGAGGCCCUUGUGCCUAUGUUAGAAAACCUCAUUAUUAUUAUUACCCUUCAUCUAAUCAAUAAAAUAAUGAUAUGCAUUAUUUUUCCUUACUUUUUUAUAUAUUCUGUAUAUACACCCACUUUUUCAUCAUACAAAUACUCUUUCCACGCAUACAUAAACAAGAACUUAGAUAAAAAGGAAAAAGAAAAAAAACAUGCCAUCCUUCUUUGUCUUAUCAAACACCUCCCACUAUGAAAAAAAAAAAAAUAAGUGUGGCAGUAAGUGAAUGAAUGUGAUAACUGUUGAUUCUGUAUAUUUCUAAAGACUAAUAUUUCCAAUAACCUGUUAGAUUUGAUCAAAUUAAACUAGCCUGCUCUUUCAGGCAUCUCACAUGGAAUAUAUAUGGAAAAGAAAUAAAAAUCAAAACCUUGGGGGUUAUCUCUCUAUUCUUUGACUAUCUAUGGAAGAGGGCAUGAUAAAACUUUUUUUUUAUUUUUUAUUUCAGAAAUAAAAUUGUGAUUCUUUUGAAACUUCUUUGAAUCAUAAAAAAG